UCCAACACAAUCCAUGGCCUUGUAACUCAAAGAUGGCGGCUUCCUUGGAAAAUGUGCUGUCGCGGCUCCUCAUCCCCGACAAUGCCGUUAUUAUGCAGGCCACCCACGAGCUGCGAGAGCUAUACAAGGACCCCAACAUUGCCCAGUACCUGUAUGCCACGCUCUGCAUGGCACAGAUUCCACAGGUUCGGCAGUACUCGGCCGUCCUCCUAAGGAAAAAGAUCUGCAAGACCAAGGCGUGGAAGCAGCUGUCAGAAGAACCCAAGACUGCCCUGAAGAACAAUCUGCUGCAGCUGCUGACUUCUGAAAAAGAGAAGCCAGUGGUGCAGGCGAUUGGGCAGCUGGUGGCCGUGAUCGCGAAGCACGAAUGGCAGCAGUCGAGGCAGUGGGCCGAGCUGCAGCAGUUCAUGAAUGUGCUCACACAGAGCAAGGACCUGGAGCAGUGCAGGCUUGGCUUCCACAUUGUGGGUGUGGUGGCCUCUGUGGCUCCCGAGGUGCUCAAGCCCCACCUGGUUCCCCUGCUGGCCCUCUUCGGGGGUUGCUUGCAGACGUGCGCCGAUCAGCAGCUCUGCCUCGACGUUGUCAAAGCCAUGUCGUCCCUAGUAUGCUGUCUUGGGAGUGAGCAUGCUCCCUCCUUCAAUGCGCUCAUCCCUCUGGCCAUGGAGUUCAUCAAACGACUCAUCGAAGUGGAUCAGGACAAAGCUAUGGACGCGAUGGAGUUGUUUGACGAACUCCUCGAUUCCGAAGUCGCCAUCCUGCUGCCCCACAUCAAGCCGCUGAUCAAGCUGUGCCUGGAUGUUGCGAGUGACACGAAGCGGGACAGUGCCCUGCGUGUGCGCUGCCUGUGCCUCAUCAGUUGGAUGGUGAAUGUGAAGAAGAAGACGAUCGUGAAGCACAAGCUGAUCCCCGAGCUGUUGGACAUCCUGUUUCCAAUCAUGGCGGAAGUGACCGACAACGACCUGGACGCAGACGAGGAUGACGACGAAGACGACGACCUGUCGCAGACGCCUUCGGCCAGUGCAGCGCAGCUCGUCGACACAAUGGCCCUGCACCUUCCACCAGAGAAGCUGAUUCCCCCAUUGUCUCAACACGUGGAGAAGUACUUGACGAGCGACAACCCGCUGCACAAGAAGGCGGCCUACCUGGCCAUGGCGGUCAUCGCGGAGGGCUGCUCGGAGGCCAUCCGAGAAAAGUACCUGCAGACUUUUCUGCAAGUCAUCUGCCAGGGAAUUGGUCAUGAGAAUCCGCACGUGAAGAACGCUGCCCUCUUUGCCCUGGGAGAGUUUGCCGACUAUUUGCAGCCGGACAUCAACAAGUUUGCCGGCGACGUGAUGCCCAUCCUCCUGGUCCAGCUGACCCAGAUGGCCCAGCAGAUGGGCCAACUCGGCAAGAACGUGCCCAACCUCUCGAAGACGUUCUAUGCCCUCGAGACCUUCUGCGAGAACUUGGAGGAAGGACUAGUCCCGUACCUGCCCACGCUGAUGGAGCAGAUCCUGCUGUUCCUUACACUGCCGUCGCACAGGGCCAAGGAACUAGCCAUCAGCUGCGUCGGGGCCGCAGCCAACGCCACAAAGGAAGCGAUGCUGCCGUACUUCCCGCGGAUCAUCGAACAUCUCAAGGGGUACCUGACGGAGCAUCAGUCGGAACAGGACUCCAUCCUCAGGACACAGGCUUUGGAUACGCUGGGCUGCCUCGCCAAGACAAUAGGGGAAGUGCACUUCCGGCCCAUGGCCCCAGAGUGCGCCCAGCUGGGUCUACGACUCUUGGAAGCGGUGGACGACCCCGACUUGCGCCGUAGCACGUAUGGCCUGUUUGCCUCCCUGUCCCUGGUGCUCAAGGCAGACAUGUCGCCGUACAUGGGGCCACUUCUCGAACACAUGUUCACGUCGCUUCAGUCAACCGAAGGAGUCGUGACGAGCGCAGGUGACGGCGGCUUCCCUCUGUUCGACGAGCUCGAGGACAGCGACGACGAGGACGCCGCAAUCCAUUCCGGAGGCGACGGAGAAGACUCCGACGACGACGAGCUCAAGGGGUGCAGUGUGGAGAACGCUUACCUGGAGGAGAAGGAGGACACCAGCCUGGCCCUGGGGCAGAUGGCGGAGAACAUGGGGCCGGCCUUCGUGCCCUUCCUGGACAACUGCUUCACCCAGCUGCUGUUGGUGGCAGACCACCCGUCACCCGACGUGCAGAAGGCGGUACUGUCCUCCCUCGCCAAGCUCACCGUGGUCCUCGCCCAAUUUGCCGCCUCCGGGUGUAAUGUGUGCUGUCUGGUGGCCGUUUCAGACGUGCAGAAGGCGGUGUCCAUCCUGAUGCCCAAGCUGAUCGAGGUGUGCCAGACGGAGCCUGAGCGGGAGCUGGUCAUUGGGGCCUUGGAGACUCUGGCAGUGCUGGUCAAGGAGCUCAAAUCCGUCGCGGUCGAGGAUCCCAAGCAUGUCGAGCACAUCGUCAGCCUCGUUAGAAGUGCCUUCAACCACAAGCUGCCGUCCCAGGACUGUGACAGCGACGGCGAAGAGGCGGAAGACGAGGAGGCGGAGUACGACGGGCUCCUGGUCCAGGUGGCCGGGGACCUGGUCCCGGCGCUGGCCCAGGCACUGCCUCCCGAGCGCUUCCUGCCCCACCUGGGCCAGCUGGUGCCCUUGUUUACGGGCAAGCUGAAGGAGCGCAGCAGCCGCUCGGACCGCUCCUAUGCGGUGGGCACCUUGGCGGAGGUGGCACAGCACCUCAACAGGGAUGCCCUGGCACCCUUCUGCCAGCCCUUGCUGGCCGUCUUCCUCGGCUGCAUGCGGGACGCGGACGCCGAGGUGCGCAGCAACGCAGUCUUCGGGCUGGGUGCGCUCGCCGAGAGCGCCGGCGACGCACUGGUCUCAGAGUAUCCUGCCCUCCUGGCAGCACUCUCCUCGAUGCUGUCCAAGGAGAGCAGUCGCCAGGCGAAGGACAACAUCUGUGGAGCCGUGGCGAGACUGAUCCUGACCUCGGUGAAUGCGGUGCCCAUGGCAGAGGUGUUUCCCGUGUUGCUCCAGCACCUUCCGCUGGAGGAAGAUUUAGAAGAGAAUGUGACCCUGUUUCGUUGCAUCUGCCGCCUGUACGAGUUGAGGCAUGAGCAGUUCCUCAAGAACCUGCCCCAGAUCCUGAGGCUAGUUCUGGGAGUCAUCAAGACCAACCAGGUCACACCCGACACAAGGACCAGCCUGGUGCAGCUCAUCAAGUCCACAAGCUCCGAGAUUCCCAGCGAGGUUCAGGCGGUGCUCCAGACCUUCCCUCCAGACGAGCAGGAACUGUUUAAUGCCAUCCUUGCUAGUCCCUAAUUUAACUAAUCAAUAAAUUAUACGUCUCAAUUAUUGACACAAAUAUUUUAA